AUGGAGAAGAGCAUACCGGUUCGAAAGUCUGGCCACUCAACUGCCGAUAUUCUGACUUGGGCGGAGGCUCCGGUGUCUGCCUCCUCCAGCGCCACCGCCCCCGGGCACCGUUCUUCUGCUCGUUCCAACCAGCCUUCCGAUGGAGUCAGCAAAGUGGUGUUUGGAGGUCAGGUUACUGAUGACGAAGAUCAAUCUCUCUUGAAGAAGAAGCCAUGGUCAGGCUACAAAAUGAAAGAGAUGAGUGGUAGCGGCAUAUUUGGUUCAAAUGAUUCACCUGAACCGACUAGUGGAUCACACUUGCGCGUAUAUCAGGAAGCAGUGAGUCAGAUAUCAUUGGGUGGUGAUGGCCAUGGGAGUGUUCCUGCUAAGAAGCCUACCUCUGUCCCCGAGAUAGCCAAGCAGCGGGAGUUAAGCGGCACAUUGGGAUCACAGUCGGAUUCAAAGCAUAAAAGACAAAUAUCAAGUUCCAAGUAUAAGGAGAUCAGUGGGCAUGAUAUCUUUGCUCCUUCCCAUGAAAUUAUGCCACCUUCAUUGGCAACGCAACCCAAACAAGAACCUGUUCCACGCAAUGUGCCAACUUCUCUCAAAGUUUCAAAUCCUGGUGGAGGUCAGAAAAGUGUCCAAUUGGGCGGGGAACCUGUUAUAAAGACGGCAAAGAAGAUACAUAACCAAAAAUUCCGAGAGCUAACCGGCAAUGAUAUCUUCAAGCAAGAUGUCGGUUCAGAUUCUGUCGAAAAACCCCUGAGCCGGGCAAAACUGCGAGAAAUGAGCGGCAAUAACAUCUUUUCCGAGGGGAAGGUAGAAUCUAGAGAUCAUCUGGGCGGGGUACGCAAGCCCCCUGGUGGUGGGAGCAGCAUUUCCCUGUUUUAG